AUGACUUUAAUUUUUCAUUCCAGUCUUUUAAAAGAUAUUUCAUCUAUGUUAAAUAAUUCAGAUGAUUUCAACGUUAUUAUUCAAGUUGGUGAAAACAAUAAUACCAAAGAAUUUAGAGCACAUUCAAUAAUUUUACGUGCUCGUUGCCCGUACUUUAAAAGUGCACUCUCAUCCGAAUGGAUUAUAAGAAAGAAUGAUAUGAUUAUGUUUAGUAAACCGAAUAUUAAUCCAACAGUUUUUGAAAUGGUACUAAAAUAUAUUUACAUGGGGGAACUUGACCUAACAAAAUAUCAAGUUGAAAAUAUUCUUGAUCUUCUAGUUGCAUCUGACGAAUUAUUACUUGAAGAAUUAUUUAAUCAUGUUCAAAAUUAUUUAAUUGAGGAACAAACAACCUGGCUUCAAAACAAUUUUCAUCACGUUCAUCAUAAAAUAUUUAAACUUUCAGGAUGUGAAAAAUUACGAGAUCAUUGUCUUGAAUCUAUUUGUAUGAGUCCACAACAAAUUUUUACUUCAAAUAAUUACCAAUUAUUAGAUGAAGAUAUUCUUUAUGGUUUAAUUAAGCGAGAUGAUUUAAAUGUGAAAGAAAUUGAUAUUUUUGAUUUUUUAAUUAAAUGGGGAAUUGAACAAAUACCUAGUUUAGGAAGUGAUAAACAUAGGUGGAGUAAUAGUAAUUAUGAAACUUUAAAGGAAACUUUGAAUCAAUUAAUUCCUCAUAUUAGAUUUGUAGAAAUUUCAGCAGCAGAUUAUUUUGUUAAAGUUCGACCUUACAAGGCUAUUAUACCAAAUGAUAUAUAUAAUGAAGUUAAAGAAUAUUUUAUUAAAGGUACAUUACCAAAAUCUAUUACUUUAACACCAAGAAUUAAACAAAGUUUUAUUGAAUCAAAAAUUAUUAGAAAAAAAUUAAUAUCUAUAAUAUCUAAUUGGAUAGAUAAUAAAGAAUCAAAAGAAAUACGAAAAAAAAAUGAUACAAUAUAUAAAUUUGAACUUAUUUAUAGAGGUAGUAAAGAUGGAAUUAAUAAUAAUUCAUUUAAAAAUAAAUGUAAUUCACAAGAACAAAUAUUAGUUUUAAUUAAAUGUCAAAAUACAAAAAAAAUAUUAGGAGGUUAUACAACAGUUGGAUUUUAUCACAAUGUAAGACGUAGAUUAGGGAUUAAUCAUAAGAAUAUUACUUCUUUGAAUAAUUUUAUAUUUUCUUUUGAAGAUAAUAAUGAUACUGAAAAUAUGAAAUUAAGUCGUGUUAUAACAUGUAAUUAUGCUAUUUAUAAUAAUGGUUUUGGUGAUUAUGGAUUUAAUUUUGGUAAUGAUGCAUUAUCUAUGAAAGAUCAAAUUUUAUGGUUAAAAAAUAAAAAUGGUUUUUAUAAAGAUAAUGUUAGUAAGAAUAGUAAUUAUUAUUAUAUUAUUGAAGAUAUUGAAGCAUUUAAAGUAGUAAAAGAAUGA